AUUACACGGUGCCUCCAUAAAACACUCUCUCCCGCGAGAAAACAGAAACAAGAGAUCAAAGCAAGACAAAUGGACAAUUUUACCCCCGAAUCUCUCUUCCUCACUCUCCUGCCCAUCGUCUUCUUCUUCAUCUUCAUCUUCAACAUCCUCCGCCCCCGCAAAAGGCAGUACAUGAGUAACACUGAGCCGCCGUCUCCGAGAGGAUUUCCGAUCAUCGGUCACCUCCACCUGGUAACCGACAUGCCCCACCACUCCUUCGCCCGACUCGCCGAGCGACUCGGCCCGGUCGUCCUCCUCCGACUCGGCCGAGUGCCGACCAUCAUCAUCUCAUCCGCCCGACAUGCCGGCCUCGUUCUAAAGACCCACGACCACGUCUUCGCCAGCCGCCCUCAGCUCGUGGCGGCGCAGUACCUCUCCUUCGGCUGCUCCGACGUCACCUUCUCCGGCUACGGCCCCUACUGGCGCCAAGCCCGGAAGAUCUGCGUCUCCGAGCUGCUCAGCCACAAGCGGGUCAACUCGUUCCGACUCGUCCGAAGCGAGGAGAUGAACCGGAUGCUGACUCACCUGUCCUCGUCCGGUUCAGACGAUCCGGUCGACAUGAGCAAGGUGUUCUUCACGUUGGCGAACGACAUCCUCUGCCGAGUGGCGUUCGGGAGGAGGUUUAUCAAGAAGGAAGGACAGAAUCGUCAUUUGACGGGGGUGUUGACGGAGGCGCAGGAACUUUUCGGUGGGUUCUGCGCUGGGGAUUUUUAUCCCGAGUGGCAGUACUGGGUUGACUGGGUGACCGGGUUCAAGAAAAGAUUGGAGAAGAACUUGGAGGAUCUUAGAGAGGUUUGUGAAGAGAUAAUACAAGAACACGUGGAGAGAUCAACGGAUCGGAUUAGCAGUACAAAUGGUGAAGAUUUCGUUGAUGUUCUUCUUCGUGUGCAACAAAGAGAAGACUUGGAAGUGCCUAUUACGGACGAUAAUCUGAAGGCUCUUGUUCUGGUAAUUAAUCAAACUAGUACUAUGUACUUCUGAAUCUGAUCUAUUACAUCUUUUUCUCC